AUGCACGGCUUCGGCUUCCUGACCGCCACCUACAAGCUCACCCCGCUCGGGGCGAGGGCCGCCGAGGAGGGCGGGGGGCUGGAGGAGGACGGGGAGAGGGAGGUGGUGGAGAUCGAAGGGACGCGCUACGCGCGCACGCCCGUCCGCAUCGGGGACAUCUUCGUCCACCAACAGAAGAUCCACCUCAUUCAGGGUUCCAUCCUGUCGGAGCUCUUUGCGCAGAACUUCACCGUCGGCGCCGGUGUGUACUUCCGCGCGGACUGGGGUAUAAACUUGUGCAGUCUUCAGGCGGUCGACGUUCGACUUUUGGUGCGCCCUGGCAGUGUGCGGGUGGGCGGGGAGACUUCGCUGGAUUCGACCCCACUUUCAUCCGGAACGGACUCCUGA